AUGGCCGCUAAAUCAGACGGGAGGCUGAAAAUGAAGAAGAGCAGCGACGUGGCGUUCACCCCGCUGCAGAACUCGGACCACUCGGGCUCGGUGCAGGGACUGGCUCCGGGCGUGCCGUCGGGGUCGGGAGCCGAGGACGAGGAGGCGGCGGGCGGCGGCUGCUGCCCGGACGGCGGCGGCGGCGGCGGCUGCUCGUGCUGCCGCUGCUGCUGCCGCUGCUACUGCUGCUGCGCCGGCAGCGGCGGCUCCGGGGGCUCGAGCGGCCCGGGCGGCGGCGGCGGCGGCGGCGGGGCGGGCUCGGCGGCGCUGUGCCUGCGCCUGGGCACGGAGCCGCGGCGCUACUCGCUGUGGGACGGCCUCUGGAUCCUGGUCGCCGUGGCCGUGUACUUCGCGGACGUGGGCACGGACAUCUGGCUCGCCGUGGACUACUACUUGCGCGGCCAGCGCUGGUGGUUCGGGCUCACGCUCUUCUUCGUGGUGCUCGGCUCGCUCUCGGUGCAAGUGUUCAGCUUCCGCUGGUUUGCGCACGACUUCAGCACCGAGGACAGCGCCACCGCCGCCGCCGCCGCCGCCGCCGCCAGCUGCCCGCCGCCCGGAACCGACUGUAAGACGGCGGUCGGCAGCGGGUCUGCAGCCGCGGAAGGCGAGGCUCGCCCUUCCACGCCGCAGAGGCAAGCGUCCAACGCCAGCAAGAGCAGCAUCGCCGCCGCCAACAGCGGCGGCAACAGCAGCGGGGCCACGCGGGCCAGCGGCCAGCGCAGGUCUGCGUCCUGCUCCUUCUGCCUCUGGCUCCUGCAGUCACUCGUCCACGUCUUGCAGCUCGGGCAGAUCUGGAGGUAUUUCCACACGAUAUACCUAGGUAUUCGAAGUCGACAGAGCGGAGAGAAUGACCGGUGGAGGUUUUACUGGAAGAUGGUCUACGAGUACGCGGACGUGAGCAUGCUUCACCUGCUUGCCACGUUCCUGGAGAGCGCUCCCCAGCUGGUGCUGCAGCUCUGCAUCAUCGUACAGACUCACAGCCUGCAGCCCCUCCAAGGUUUCACAGCGGCCGCUUCCCUCGUGUCCUUGGCUUGGGCCUUGGCCUCCUACCAGAAGGCCCUCCGGGACUCUCGUGAUGACAAGAAGCCCAUCAGCUACAUGGCCGUGGUCAUCCAGUUCUGCUGGCACUUCUUCACCAUUGCGGCCAGGGUCAUCACCUUCGCCCUCUUCGCCUCGGUGUUCCAGCUCUACUUUGGGAUCUUCAUCGUCCUUCACUGGUGCAUCAUGACCUUCUGGAUCGUCCACUGUGAGACAGAAUUCUGUAUCACCAAAUGGGAAGAGAUCGUGUUCGACAUGGUGGUGGGGAUCAUCUACAUCUUCAGCUGGUUCAACGUCAAGGAGGGCAGGACACGCUGCAGGCUCUUCAUUUACUAUUUUGUGAUCCUUUUGGAAAACACGGCCUUGAGUGCCCUCUGGUACCUCUACAAGGCUCCCCAGAUCGCGGACGCAUUUGCCAUCCCAGCGCUGUGUGUGGUAUUCAGCAGCUUUUUAACUGGCGUUGUUUUUAUGCUGAUGUAUUAUGCCUUCUUUCACCCCAACGGACCCAGACUCGGGCGGUCCCCAAGUUGUGCUUGCGGGGACCCCGCCGCUGCCUUCACGCCGUCUCCAGAAGCGGCCACGAGCGCCCUGCGGUCCCUCUCCAACACCCGCAGCGUCGCCGGCGACCGCGACCAGAAAUUCGCAGAGCGGGACGGGUGCGUGCCUGUGUUUCAGGUGAGGCCCACGGCCCCGUCCACCCCGUCCUCUCGCCCACCACGGAUUGAAGAAUCUGUCAUUAAAAUUGACCUGUUCAGGAAUAGGUACCCAGCGUGGGAGAGACACGUUUUGGACCGGAGCCUCCGAAAGGCCAUCUUAGCCUUUGAAGGUUCCCCGUCUCCUCCGAGGCUGCAGUACAAAGACGAUGCUUUCGUUCAGGAGCGGCUGGAGUACGAAACCACUCUGUAA